AUGCCACACCAGGACCAUAGUGUUUCGGCACACAAUAGCAAUGAGGUGGGCUCGAUCAAAUCUACUGGCUCGACGUCUUCUUUUACAAAAUCGUUUUUCGGCAAAAAAAACGGCUUCGGGUUGGGUAAGCUCUUCAAGGGCAACAGUCAUACUUCUAAUAACGAAACAGGCAAAGAUAUCCUAGGAUUGCUACUGUCACAGCAUAACAGUAACUCAAGUUCAAGAUCGCAGGAUUCGAAUCAUCGGUCUCGGUCAUCUUUGCCCACAACGGAUCACAUAAGUUCAUAUCACAGCAAUCAUGGCAACAAUUUGCACAAUGCUCAUAAUUAUACGACUGGUGAACAGAGUAAAAAUUACGCGUCGGAUCUGAGCAAGCAUGUAUCCGGGGCUUCUGGAUAUGCUUCGCAUUCACCACACGGCCAUCCUCUAAAGAUCGUUCCUUCGCCUAAUACUCAUAUGCAUCCCUCCCAGUUGCUUCAACGUGAAAUCGAGGACCAGCAGAGACGCAAUUCUCCUCCAAAACUUGCUCACAAGAAGCAUUUGAAAAAAACGCUUCAUUUGAAGAGGUUUUUCAAGAAGAUUCAUGGUGAGGACAAUCAUAGCAGGCAUCCAGGCCCUGCUUCAACCCCACCCGUAGCAGUAACUUCGGAAAUCAGUCCCGAUGCGAACAAAACUCUUUAUGAAACCGAAGAUGCUCGAGAGUUGAUUGAAAAAUACGGCAACCCCGGUAAACUGAUUGGCGAAGGGGCUUCUGGUUCGGUGUCUGUCGUUGAAUCCAGCGACGGAAAAAUGUUUGCUGUAAAGAGAUUUAGGGCCCGAGGUUCGAAAGAAACUCAAGUCGAAUACUCCAAGAAGGUAACAUCUGAAUUUUGCGUUGGAUCUACCCUCCAUCACUGCAAUAUUAUUGACACUUUAGAUAUGCUCCAGGAGGGCACUAAUUUCCUAGUAGUGAUGGACUACUGCCCUUUCGAUUUUUUCACUCUAGUAAUGAGUAACUUAAUGACGAAAGCAGAGAUAGCAUGCUAUUUUAAGCAAAUAUGCCAUGGUGUUGAAUACUUACAUGGUAUGGGUCUUGCGCACAGAGACUUGAAACUAGACAAUUGUGUUGUUACCGAUCAAGGAAUAUUAAAAUUGAUCGAUUUUGGGAGCGCUGUGGUUUUCCAAUACCCCUUUGAAAACCAAAUCGUAGAAGCUAAAGGGAUUGUUGGAUCGGAUCCAUAUUUGGCUCCAGAAUUACUCAGCUAUACAACCUACGAUCCGAGGCCAGUCGAUGUGUGGUCGAUUGCAAUAAUGUUUUAUUGCAUGUCACUACGAAGAUUUCCUUGGAAAGCUCCCCGGGAAAAGUAUCAAUCAUAUAGGCUCUUUUGCGAGGAACCUGAGAGCGAUAAGGAUCUACAAAGAGGAGCCUUUCGUCUUCUCAAGCUGCUUCCACGGCAAUCUCGAAAAGUUAUUUCUGCGAUGUUACAAUUGGAUCCGAAGAGAAGAAUUUUGAUGGAUGACGUUUUGAAAGACUCAUGGGUCGAAGAGAUCGAAUACUGCUCACUGGAUGAGACAGGGAAGUUGAGAACCAUACCACAUUCGCAUAAACAUCAUCUAGUUACGGAGGAUGAAUUAAAAGAACUGAAUGAACUGAACGAAAAACGCCAGGAAGAACAUAGACAGGCUCAAUUACUUGCGGAGCAAAAGAAACCAAACGAUGGGCUACAAGAUGUAACAACGAAGUUGGAGGUCACGCAAGUAAUGUGA